AAGCGACCGGGGAAGCCGUCUUCUCCCGGUUCCAUAAGGCUGCUAUUAUGGUUUUGUUUAUUAUCGCAAUCAAUUAGUCUACAGAAUGUCAUCCACCCCACUCUCUCAUACUCCGGAUGAGCCCCUGAGUCCAGUGGACAGCAAUGAGGGCGAGGAUCUGGGACCACCACAGGGUGAUGCGUUCCUGAGGCAUAUUUCAACAAAGACUCGUCAGACACACUGUGUGUCACUGGACCACCUGUACACCCGGCCGUGGAGCUGGCGCUCCGACGGGGUGCACGUGCAGCACCAGACCCGUCUGGUGCUGGUCAACCCCCCGGCACAGAGUGGACGUCAGCUCUGCAGCUCGCCGGUGGACGUGGAGUCGGUGGACGAGGCGGAGACGCUGACGGCCGCCGAUGAGCGGGCGGCGCGCGCCGCCAUGGACGAGUGUCAGGAGCACGUGGCCAACGCGCGCGACGUGCCCGAUGACCUGAUCGAACAGCUGGACCAGUCAUCGUGGAGCCCGGCCAAGCGCCAGCUGCUCCGGCGGGUCCUGGCUGCUCUGGACGGUUACCAGCUGGCGCGACGGGCGGUAGCCGGCCGGCGCGGUGCGGCGUUCGUGGCGCGCGUGCACGCGGAUCGGUGCGCGUCACGGGUGCGGCGCGCUCUGGCGGCGGCCGGCUGGCAGCGGCCGCUCUGCCAGUGGCUGCACGGCCUGCUGCUGCAAAAGCUGGGUCGCGACGCGCUGGCGCUCUACCUGGAGGUGGUGCAGACGCUGACCAGCAAGACGCCAUCGCUGGCGGCUCGGCUGACGUGGCCGGCCGGCCCCCGCCACGGCCCGCUCUCCGCCGAGACGCUGGCGCCGCUGCUGCGCCGGCCCUGGGAACCGGCCACCCACAUCAUCUCUCAGCACAAGCUGCGGCGCCUUCCCAACAACCCGCUGCUGGUGCUGGUACCGUCGUCGCCGUGCCACGGCUCGGACGCCAGCCGGCUUGGCUUCGGCACCGGCCGGCUCGACUUCUGGCACCGCCAGCUCUCGGCGCUCGGCAAGGUGGUCGCCAUCAGCGUGUUCGAGGGUGGCGCGCCGAGCCGCGGCAUCACCGUUAGCGAGAGCCUGUCGCACAUCAUGGCCAUGUGCCGGAGCCAGGUGGCCGAGCUGCGGCGGCCCGGCCGGCCGCUGGUCCUGCUCGGCUGGGGCGCCGCCGGUCUGGUGGCCGCCCACCUGGCGCUGGUCGAGCCCGUCAGCGCCGUGGUCGGGCUCGGCUUCCCGUACUGGUCGGCGGCCGGGCGGCGCGGCGAGCCGGACGACCCGCUGCUCGAGUCGCGCACGCCCACCCUGCUGCUGGUGGGCCAGUCGGCCAGCGACGCGGCGCCGCACGAGCUCGAGCUGAUGCGCGACCGGAUGCGUGCAGAGACUGGCCUGGUGGUGGUGGGCGGCGCCGACCGCCGCCUGCUGGUCAACCGGCACAAGCGGCAGCGCGAGGGCCUGACGCAGAGCAUGGUGGACCGCGCAGUCAUGGAGGAGGUCUCCGAGUUCCUGACCAACAUCCUGACGCAGCAGCUGGACGGCACGCUGCCCGUGUUUCCGCGGCUGCCGACUCCGCCACUCUGCCGCGAAGACGCGGUGCUGAGGAACCUGGCGCGCGAGCGGCGGCGGCGGCCGGUCGGCCCGGCCAAACAGCGUGCCAGGCCGACCAGGAGCGGGCGUCCGAGGGGCCGGCCGCGUGCCGCCACGCAGCGUCCAGAGCCGGGCGGCUCGCCGGCCGCCGACGACGACUCUCUCUCGGAGCCGCCCAUCAUCGACCUGAUCCAGGAGGCGGACAGCGCCGCGACGCUGAAAAUGAUGACGACGCCGCCGUUUAAGGUGAGGAGAUAG